AUGGCUACAGGACGUCUUGCAGGCAAGAACGCCGUCAUUACCGGUGCCGCUGGAGGCAUUGGUCUCGAGACCUCCAUCCUCUUCGCCAAAGAGGGCGCCAACGUCCUCAUGUCCGACAUUUCCGCCGAGGCGCUCGAGAAGGCCCUCGCCAAGGUCAAGCAGCUGGUGCCCAACGCCGGCCGCGUCGAAGUCCUGCCGUUCCCUCCCAAACGACAGAAAUGUGACGUCUCCAAGGAGAGCGAGGUCAAGGCCAUGAUCGACGCCGUCGACGCCUGGGGUGGCAUCGACGUGCUCUUCAACAACGCGGGCAUCAUGCACGCCGACGACGCCGACGCCGUCGACACGCCCGAGGCCAUCUGGGACCUGACGCAGAACAUCAACGUCAAGGGCGUGUGGUACGGGUGCAAGCACGCGGUGCUGUCGCUGCGCCGCCACGGCAAGUCGCGCGCCUCCAUCAUCAACACGGCCUCGGUCGUCGCCCUCGUCGGCGCCGCCACCCCGCAGCUCGCCUACACGGCCUCCAAGGGCGCCGUCCUCGCCCUCACCCGCGAGCUAGCCAUGGUCCACGCCCGCGAGGGCUUCCGCUUCAACUCCCUCUGCCCCGCACCCCUCAACACCCCGCUCCUCCAGGACUGGCUCGGCGACGACCAGGCCAAGCGCGCCCGCCGCGAGGUCCACUUCCCCGGCGGCCGCUUCGGCGAGGCCGUCGAGCAGGCACACGCCGUCGUCUUCCUCGCCAGCGACGAGUCCAGCUUCGUCAACGGCCACGACUUCGCCGUCGACGGCGGCAUGACCAAGGCCUAUGUCACCGCCGAGGGCCCCGCGGCCCCGGCGCCCCAGAACAACGCCAGCAAGAACUCUCUGUAA